UCGAGCGGAAUUCAGUCGCACCGCUGUUGUACCAUCGUCGUCGACGGUUUUAUUCACGGGGAACGUCGCCGGCGGUCAUCGUGAGAUCAUCUGAUCCUGCAAAACCUGACUGACGCAGGAUAGAUCGAUAAGUAGAACGAAGAGAUAAGAGGGUGAUCCCGCGGUGUAACCCCCCUUCUGGAGCGUAGUCCGUCACGCAAUCGUAGUCGUCGGAGCGACGGUGUAUGAACCCGUUUCGUCCGAUUCAUGGUUACGCGAGAUGAUACUGCGCGCAUUGCUCCUGUUGCUGCUACCGCUCGUACUACGGAUCGACGCUUUCCUCUUCGGUUUUCUGCCAACCAUCCCCAACAACAGCAGCGAUGACAAGCGGGAGUUCAACGUCUAUUGGAACGUGCCCACGUUCAUGUGCCAUAAGUACGGGCUGCACUUCGAGGAAGUAUCGGACAAGUACGGCAUACUGCAGAACUCGAUGGACGCGUUCCGCGGCAAUGAAACCGCGAUCCUUUACGACCCAGGAAUGUUCCCGGCGUUGCUCACAGACCCGAACGGAGAUGUGGUGACGAGAAACGGCGGCGUGCCGCAGGAGGGGAAUCUCACGAUGCAUCUCGAGGUGUUCAAGGAGCACUUGAUCAAUCAGGUCCCGGACAAAUCGUUUCGCGGCGUGGGCGUGAUCGAUUUCGAGAGCUGGCGGCCGAUCUUCCGACAGAACUGGGCAUCCCUCCAGCCGUAUAAGAAACUCUCGAUAGAGAUAGUUCGCCGGGAGCAUCCGUUCUGGGACAGCCGCAGCGUCGAGGAGGAGGCGAAACGACGAUUCGAGAAGUACGGGAAACUUUUUAUGGAGGAGACCCUCAAGGCUGCCAAACGGAUCAGGCCGGCGGCCAGUUGGGGCUACUACGCCUACCCUUACUGCUACAACUUGACACCGAAUCAGCCCAGCUCCCGGUGCGACGUCACUACCAUGCAGGAGAACGAUAAAAUGUCGUGGUUGUUCGAACUGGAGGACGUCCUACUGCCGUCGGUGUACUUGAGGCUGAGCUUAACGAGCGGGCAGAGGGUCGGGCUGGUAGCCGGCAGAGUGAAAGAGGCGUUGAGAAUAGCCAAGCAAACGAGCGCGGGGACCAGGAAAAAGGUUCUGCCCUAUUACUGGUACAAGUACCAAGAUCAGAGGGAUACGUAUUUGAAUAAAGCUGAUCUCGAGGCCACACUACGGAAAAUCUCCGAUCUCGGUGCCGACGGUCUCAUCAUUUGGGGAAGUUCUAACGAUAUCAACACCAAGCAGAAGUGCCUGCAGUUCAGGGAAUAUCUGAACAACGACCUCGGCCCAGUGGUCGAUCGGAUCAAGCGGACGUCGCCGGGUCUGAUGAGGGAGAACGAAGACGAGAACGAGGACAACGAAAUCGACGAGGUCGUCGACGAAGUGUGAAUCGUGUAUCGUAAAGACGAAACGCGUUGGAAACGGAGAAAUUGUACAGGUUUCUCAAGUCGGUAUACGAUUACCAUACGUGAUGUGUACGCGUGGAACCGUUUGGCCUUCGGAAUGGAAAGAUGCCGGGCGCUAAUCGUUGAAACGGAAACCAAAGACGUCGCGCGACGGUCGAGGCAUAGUACGCCUGAUAAUAAAUUUUCUGAGGAAAUUAUCCUGGGA